AUCAACGGAUUCAACGAUUUUUAUUUAUUCAAGAAAGAAGUGCAUCCGAGAAGAUCCAAACGACAUGCCAUUCACUACACGAGCCAACUGUUGAGUGACAGUCGUGUUGAAUGGGCUGAACAACAGUCGGCUAGAGUUCGGACUAAGAGAGACUUCAUUUCCUUCCACUCGCAAUGGCUUAAGUUCUUGCGUUCAAGUGAUCCCCUGGAAAGGGGCAAAAAAUCUCCCUUUCCUCACGAGGACAACACAUUUAAUGAUGAGCUUUGGACGCGUCAGUGGUAUCUUCACGACACACGUAAUGUGCCAACUCUUCCUAAAUUGGAUCUCGGAGUCAAAGAGGCGUGGAGAAUGGGUUUCACAGGAAAAGGGAUUGUCGUGACAGUAGUGGACGACGGUUUGGAGUGGAAUCAUACUGAUCUUAGAUUAAACUAUGAUCAAAAAGCAAGUUGUGAUACAAACGAUAACGAUUGGGAUCCAACCCCCAGUUAUGAUAGACUCGAUUCUAAUAGCCACGGAACCCGGUGUGCCGGUGAAAUAGCAAUGACUGCACACAACAAUAAAUGUGGUGUUGGUAUUGCCUUCAAUGCUAGAAUCGGUGGAAUUCGUUGUUUGGAUGGAGAAGUGUCUGAUGUUCUCGAAGCCCUGUCCUUAGGAUUUAACAAUCAUUAUAUUGAUAUCUACAGCUCAAGUUGGGGACCAAAUGAUGACGGGAUGUCACUCGACGGUCCCAAACGAUUAGCCAGAGAAGCCCUCUGGAAAGGGAUUACUUACGGACGGAAUGGAAAGGGGUGUAUAUAUGUGUGGGCGUCUGGAAAUGGAGGAAUAAAAGGAGACAAUUGUAACUGUGAUGGAUAUGUGAGCUCUAUAUACACACUGUCAGUGGGAAGUGCCAGUCAGUCCGGACAGUUUCCCUGGUAUGGGGAGAGAUGUGCCUCAACACUGGCCGUCACCUAUUCUAGCGGUACAUAUACUGACCAAAAGAUUGCAACGACUGAUCUGCACGACAAGUGCACAAUCGAUCACUCGGGCACUUCAGCCGCUGCUCCCUUGGCCGCGGGAAUGAUAGCUCUGGUUCUUGAGGCUAAUCCUAACAUAACGUGGAGAGAUGUGCAGCAUUUAGUUGUCUGUACGGCACAAUUCACUCCACUUAUGGAGAAUAAAAGUUGGAAGCGAAAUAAGGCCGGUUUUAUGUAUAACAGUCGGUUCGGAUUCGGACUCAUGAAAGCUGUUUGCCGGUUCCGUUGUCAUCUGGAAAUGAAGUUCAAAUAA